AUGGCCGCAUCUACCAAUAUCGUUUCCGAGAAGAGUAAGCAGACUCACAGUCAGAGCCAGCAUGAGAAGACAACGACCACCAAUCAACCGGCGCCAUCCUCUUCUCCGGGGAGGACCGUAAAACAGUUCGCCAAUUUCACGAACCACGGGAUUGGGUUGGAAAAGACGCUCCGACUGGUACAGGCUCUCGCGCAAGUGGGUGCGGAGGUGCUGGUUGAUACAGACGAGGAGUUGGCGAAACGGUGUGCCAUAGCCAAGGGGCAGCUUGCUCUGUCACGACGAUAUUUCCGAUUCUUCAAGUUUUUCGAGUGCUUCGAGCGAGUGACCGCCCUGCUUUCAACGACGGGCCAGAAUGAUUCGAUUCACACGACGUUGGAGUUGGGCAAAUGGAGCUGCUUGGGAAUCUAUCUGGUGAUGGAGGAUUUGACCAUUGUAAGAUCUCUUUUUUAUUGUUUUACUUUCUGCCGCAUUUCCGCGCGAUCUCUGGAUGCGAUGGGUGUGUAUUCGACCAGCUGGAGCGACUGGGUGCUGCUGGAGGCGCACAAAUUCUGGUUCUGCGCGCUGUCCCUGUCGCUAUUAGGCUCGCUCUGGAUGCUGCUUGUUGCAGACAAGAAGGCCUCGGCGUCCAAGUCUUCUCCCUGGUUGAAGCGGAUAAUUAUUGAUGGAUGUGAUCUGCUAAUCCCAGGGUCAAUGGUGGGCUGGAUUGCGGUGAGUCCGCUGGUUGUGGCGAUGAGUAUGGUGGCGAGUACAUUGCUAGCGGCGCAGGAUAUCUGGACGCAGGCGCAGGUUGGGGUGCGGCAGUGA